AUGAAGUUGAUCAUCAGGCCCAAGAAGGGCAGCUCCUUUGAGUUGGACCUUUCUGAGUGUCAGAACGGAACGGUCCGCGACCUCAAGGUUGCGCUCAAGGUCGAGCUCUCAGACCUAAACCAGCCACUAAACACGCUGGACAUGGCGGACCAGGACGAGGUGGAACUCAAGGACCUGGGGUCGCAGAUGCUGUGGCGGAGUGUGUUCUACAUGUAGUACCUGGGACCGAUCCUGACCUACUCCGCGAUGUAUCUUCUAGGUAACAAGCCGUACUCCUUUUCACAGAACGUGGUGUUCGCCUUGGGGGUCAUGCACUACUCCAAACGCAUCCUCGAGACCUGCUUCGUCCAUGUCUUCAGCAGGGACAGCAUGCCCUUCCAUCGGGCCCUCAUCAACUUCUUCCACUACUGGAUCCUCUUCGGUGCCUCUGUGGGCUACGAGAUGUUCGUGCACGGCAAUGAUCCCGACUACGCGCAGCCCAAGGUCAUCUUCAUGGCCGGGCUGUGGCUGGUCUUCCAGUUCAUGAACUUCAGGUGCCACCAGCACUUGGCCUCCUUCCGGAAGGUUAAGCCCAAAACCGAAACGCCUUCCGGCGAGUACGUUAAUCCUGCCAAGCGUCGGGCAAUCCCCUCGGGCUGGGGUUUCGACUACGUGUCUUGCGCGAACUACAUGUGGGAAAGCUUCGGAUGGAUAACCUUUUCGGUGCUGAGCAGAAGCUACGCGGCCUACUUCUUCACGUUCUGCUCGGUGGCGCAGAUGCUGCAGUGGGCGCUCAAGAAGCACGCGGCCUACAAGAAGGAGUUCUCGGCCUACAGCAAGAGUCGGAAGGCCAUGUUCCCCUUCCUGAUAUGA